CGGGCUGCCUCCCUUUGCUCCGCGCCGGGUCGCGGGGCCCUGUAAGGUUGGCUGAGGGCGCGCUGGGAGCUCGGCGGUCCUCCUCAGUCGGGGCUGAGGACCUCGACCUUCUUCCUUCAGUCGCGAAGAAUGGCGGGGUCCGGAGGAGCCGAGGCAGGGUUUGGCUCGCACGGAUUGCGGAUCCCGCACGGAGUAGUUCUUCAGGAGCUGGCCGCGCGGGUCGAGCCCCAGUGACUGGCUGACCCUUGUUGCUCGCUUAACUUUUAACAGAGCUUAACCCAUAGCAGCGGAACUGCGACCUAGUGAUGGCUCAUGAAGUGACGAUGGACUGUGAUCUUCAGGUACCGUUAAAUGGUACUAUAGAACAAGCUACUCCAAUUGAAGUUGUCAGCCAUGGGGCACCUCUUCUCCAGCCUGCCCCUGCUGAACUGGCCAAUAGCCAAGGCGGAGCACUUGUUCAACCUGUCCCUGCUGAAGUGGUCAGUAGCCAAGGUGGACUGCCCACUCUACAGCCCGUGCCACCAGCGUCCAUUGAUUUGACAGAGGAAGUACAGCCCGCAGAAGAAAAUAUGGAGCUUGUCAAUCCUGGAACUCCGGAGGAGCAUAGUCAGGGAUCUGGUGCUGACCAUACCGUCGGAGCUGCUACAUCCGUUUCAAUGAACAACUUCAUCAGUGGGCUGCAGAGGCUUCAUAACAUGCUGGAGUUGCUGAGGCCUCCACCUUCAGACCACGGUGGUGGGCCAAUAAGAACAAGGAGAAGAACGGGACCCGUUUUGAGGGCAGGAGCUGGAGGGUCUCAGAGGCUAGUCAGCGCCAGGUAUGUGCCACGCACACCAUUAUAUGCCUACUUUCAGGUAAGCAGGUCUCAGCCUUACCCACCAGCAGCUGCUCAUGAUUCAGAGACUAGGAAUCCGCCCUCAGGUACUGACUCUGACAGCGACGGCUCUGCAGAGGAUGAAGAGGUUGUUGUCCAGACAGAAGAACCAGAAGUCAACAUUCCAGAACAAGGAGUUAUGUCAACAGACCAAGAAGCUACAUCUGUCCCAGGAGGUGAUACAGCUCCUAAAGAGGAGUCUUCCCAGAAGCCCAGUGUUCUACCUUCUAUGGAAGAUGAAGAAGGGGAAACUUGCACAAUAUGUUUGGAACAGUGGACCAGUGCUGGGGACCACCGGCUGUCAGCGUUACGCUGUGGGCACCUCUUUGGAUAUAAAUGCAUUUCUAAAUGGCUUAAAGGACAAACACGAAAGUGUCCUCAGUGCAACAAGAAAGCCAAGCAUAAUGACAUCGUUGUCCUUUAUGCCCGAUCCCUGACAGCUUUGGACACUAGUGAACAGGAGCGCAUGAAAAGUGACUUACUGAAUGAACAAAUGCUGAGGAAGCAGGCCGAGUUAGAAUCUGCACAGUGCCGGCUCCAGCUUCAAGUCCUUAUUGAUAAAUGCACUAAACUCAAUAGCCGAAUCCAGGACUUGGAAAAGCUUGUCGUGCAGCAUCAGAACCCAGGUAUGCAGCAGUACCGAGGCUCCCAAGCACUUUGCGGGAACUGUCUACCCUCCAGCCAGAGCCCUGGCAGAUACAACUCUGAAAAGACCUUCAUGAUAUCUCAGAUGGGAAACUGCCGAAUCCUGGCCUAUUGUGAUGGUCUGAGCUGCCUGGUGGCCUCCCAGCCCUCCCCUCAGGCCUCCUUCCUUCCAGGCUUUGGUGUUAAGAUGUUGAGUACUGCUGACAUGAGGAGCAGUCAGUAUAUUCCUAUGCACAGCAAGCAGAUCCGUGGACUAUCUUUCAGCAGUCAGUCCAAAGGCUUGCUCCUCUCUGCCUCCCUUGACAACACUAUUAAACUGACCAGCCUAGAAACAAAUACCGUGGUGCAGACUUACAACACUGGGCGUCCUGUCUGGAGCUGCUGCUGGUGUCUUGACGAAAACAAUUACAUCUAUGCUGGACUGGCCAAUGGUUCAAUUCUGAUAUAUGACUUACGGAACACAAAUACCUAUAUUCAGGAACUAGUUCCUCAGAAAGCCAGAUGUCCUCUGGUAUCCCUGUCAUAUUUACCCAGAGCUGCAGUGGCUGCAUUUCCUUAUGGUGGGGUGCUGGCUGGAACUUUGGAGAAUGCCUCCUUCUGGGAGCUAAAAACAGACUUUUGUCAUAAGCCUCAUGUGCUGUCCUUGGAGCCAGGGGGCUUUGUAGACUUUCAGACAGAGAGCAGCACCCGACACUGUCUUGUGACUUACAGGCCCGAUAAAAGCCAUAACACCGUACGAACUGUGAUGUUGGAAAUGUCUUACAAACUGGAUGAUGCAGGAGAACCAGUCUGUUCCUGCCUUCCUGUACAAACAUUCCUCGGGGGACCCACUUGCAAACUGUUGACCAAAAGUGCCAUCUUCCAAAGCCCAGAGAAUAAUGGCAAUGUCCUAGUAUGUACUGGGGAUGAAGCAUCACAGUCUGCGCUGUUGUGGAAUGCUGGCAGCGGCUUGCUGCUGCAGAACCUGAAGACUGAUGAACCUGUCUUGGACAUCUGCCCAUUUGAAACGAAUCAGAACAGCUAUUUGGCCACCUUAACGGAGAAGACUGUCCAUAUUUACAAGUGGGAGUGAGCGUGGUCUUGAGUCUUGCAGACAUGCUGCUGGUUUCGUCGAGUCAGCACCUAGUAACCCUGAGCAAAGAUACCUGUUUACGUGCUGGAAUGGAAUGCCUGAUCAUGGUUCAUUGGAUUAGUGCGGAAGUGUAUCACUGAGACACCAGGAUUGUGUGCGCUGUUUGCACCAAAUGAUUACCCUUGGGAAUCUUGCCUGGAAAUUUUUUUACUUAAAUUCUGUAGGAUCUUACAGUCCUCUCAACUACUAUUUUGGAUAUGAGUAUGCACCAAGCAUUUUGUGGUUGUGAUAAUCAACCAACCUAAAUUGUAUUGUCACUUAGGCUAAUUGGCUUAAAAGUGGUACAUGAAAGGCCUGUCUUACUUCUUGGAUGCAAAAGACACAUGGGUGAGUCUUUCAUUAAGCACGAGGGCACUAUUAAUAUCGUGUGUAGAAUUUGACCUAUUUCCAAGUGUGAAUGCUUACAACCUUUAAGUGACCUGACUUCGCCCAUACCCCUGUGCUGCUGUCUGCCCCCAGUGUCUGGUACCUCUCUGUGGUAUGCUUUGUGGCAACAAGUUACAUCCCAGGGAUCCGUGCCUACUAGAAUGUUGGUAAGUCCAAUGAUGGAGGUGGCUGAUGAGCUAGCCAUAUGUAAAGCCGUAGCUUUAAGCUUUAUGCAGUAAGUUCAUUGCGUUGUGAGAGGUGAGGAAAGGGACCGGUUGUGUUUGGGCAAUUGCUAAAGACUUGGAUUUGUCUAGUUAGCUUGGGAUACUUGGGUUUUUUUUUUUUCUCCCCCCAAAGUCAAUGCUUAAGGACAUAUAAUUCCGAAGUAAAGGCUUCUCCCUUGUCCCACUGUUUUCUGAGAAUAAUUGUUAAUGAAGUGGUUAUUCUCAGGAAAGUAACAGUGGCUAGAGAGACGUCGGUGACCGGAAGGAAGACACUCAGAAGAUUCCACUCUGGUCCUGAACUGUCCAGCAGUUAGAGGUUUGCUGGGGUUAUGUUUGUCUGCUUUGCCUUAGGCUAGUCCACUAAGCCACUGCCCCUAGGACACCUUGUCUCAAGGUUUAGGCAACAUGUCUGAUUUUCUCAGAUGUUCUUUGAUGAAGCACUAUCUUUUUUAAUAAAAGUUCUUUCAUGCCUAUCAAGCUCCUGAGCUAUUUUGGGGAUCUUUAUUGCCAACAAGGAUUAAGGGAAAAUUGUUAAUUUUCCCAGACUUCCAAGUUGUGACCGUGUCUGCUUAAUGAAACCUUCUAUGUGAAGCUGAGUAGUUUGUUUUUGUUUUUAAAACUUAAAGUAAGCUUUAAAAAUGUCAGCUUCCAGCCAGUUGAGGUGGUCCAUGCCUUUGGUCCCAGCACACUGAAGGCAGAAACAGGUGGAUCCCUAUGAGUUCAAGGCCACCCUCACUACAAAGUGAGUUUUGGAAAUUCAAAAGCUAUAACCUGGGGAAACACUGUCUCAAAGGGGAAAAAAAAAGACAAAAGAAAAAUGUCAGCUUCCACAGCUUGGGAAAAAAGUCGCCUUCUCUCCUCUCUCCCCCUUUCCCUGCAGAUGUUGAUAGAUUGAUGAUGAGAGUAGCUGCCUGGGCCUGGAGCUUCAGUUUCAGGAUAGGAUUUAAAUUAAAUAGAAUUCAACUAACUUCAGCAGAUGGCCACAGAAAAAGCUGAGGGUGUCAGGUUGGUCUGGGGCAGGGUUAGGAUUUGAUUUGCCUUGAAGAACAUUUAAAGCUGACUAGAGGGAUUUGCUACCACAGAAGCUAAGCUUAAUUUUUGCAUUUCCACAAUAAAUUUGGAUUGGGGCAGGGUAAUGUCAGGACCUCAGCCUGGUUCAGUUUUUUGCUCUACCACUGAGCUGUAUUGGAAACCCAAAUCUGUUUUGGAAGCAGAUACACAUUAUGGACCGAUUCUCCAAAGACAACCUUACUCCUACUUGCAAGAAACGUCAUCUCGAAACCCGAGAUGUAGUCUUGGCACCAGCAGGAUCUGUUUGUUUUUAAAUCUUGUCAUAGGGCAUUGGGAUUUCUGAAUAUUUGCUGUGCUGUGUGUGUUUCAGUGUUUGUUUUAAUGUUGACAAAAUAAAGAAUUUGUAAUAUGUAACAC